AUGUACGGAGGAUACCCAGGAGCAUAUGGGUAAGCAGAUUUUGGUUCCAAAACGUUGCAAAAAUGUGUUUUCAGUGGUUACGACCAGAAUUAUCAAGUGACAGGCGCCCCGAACACAUAUUGUCAGGUUCAACAACAGCAUCAGGAGUAUUAUAAGUUAGCUUUUUUUCUAAAAACAUUUUUGUAUUCAAUACGGAAAUAACUUACAGCGGUGCCAAUCCAUACGCUAACUAUGGCUACGGUGGACCAAACGCGCCGCUUCCUCCACCUCCACCACCGCCAGCAGUUGGGUAUUCUUCGUGGCUUGCUUAAUAUAAAUGUUUCAGGCACCUCAGUUACCAUCAGACUACAUCGCAAAUUCCUAUCGCACUUUCCCAUCCGCACCAACCAAGUUGGGUCCCCCCGCUGGAUUCUACAAAGGCCCAAAAGCGCAGCAGCAAGCAGGUAGUUGAAAAUGUUCGAUCUUCGAAGUAAGGAAAGUAUACUCUAUAGGAACAUACAAUAGCAGCACGUAUGAUGCUGCUGUCUUCAACUAUGCACACAGCGGACAAAAACGGAUAAAUAUGGGUGGACAAGGCGGCUCUCGACGCUUCGGUGGACAGGGAACUGGUGACUCGAAACAAUAUUAUUGCGAUGUUUGUUUUCAGAUAUCCAGGUUCGCAUUUUAAUUACCAAUUUUAUAGGUUUGCAAGAUUUCUUGUGCUGGCAAUAUAACGUACAGGGAACACUUGGAGGGCCAACGUCACAAAAAGAAAGAAGCAGCAGCGAAAGAAGGAGUGCCAUCCACAUCCCUCGCCAAAAACAAGCUCUCGUAUCGCUGUGAUCUGUGCGAUGUGACAUGUACUGGACAGGAUACGUACGCUGCGCACGUUCGUGGAAGCAAACACGUGAAAACAGUGGCUCUUCAUCGCAAGCUUGGAAAACCAGUUCCAGAAGACGUUCCGACAAUCAUCGCUCCGGGAGAAGACGGUCCAACUGAAACCAAGGCAAAACCGAAAUGGCAUCAGCAAUCACUGCCAGGCGGAAAAAAGUUUGUACUUAGUUUUCUGUGAAGAUUUCAUAAACACCUAUGUAUUCAGAGUGAUCGGAAUCAAUACGGUCAAUUUCGUGGGAGGAACCAAGCUCAGCUCGACAGGACAGUUGGAAGAAAAGAAGAGAGAAGUCGCUGCUGCCGUUUCGAGUGUUGGAAAGCCAAAUAUUGAAGUAGAAGAUGAGAAUCUGAAAGCUUUGAUGGCCGCGGAAAUCGUGAAGCCUGUCGGUGAAGAGCACGUGACGGAAGAAAGGGACACGACUGGAAAGCUCAUUCAAUUCCACUGCAAACUGUGCGAUUGCAAGUUCUCCGACCCCAACGCCAAGGAAAUUCACGUAAAAGGACGUCGCCAUCGUCUUGCCUACCGACAAAAGAUUGACCCGACAUUCGUCGUUGAUCCGAAACCAAGGGAAACGAAAAAAACCAACGAAAAGUUCAAUUCGGCUAUUCCUGCUGCGCAGACCACUUUUAAAGGUCCACUCGCACAUCGUGGCUCGUACUUUGCCCAGCCUUCUCCUGACGGCCGCGAGUUCAACAUAGUUGAUGAGAGAACUGUUGAUGAAAAGUACAAAAUGCUGAAUCCAGGAAUAGAGUUCAGCACGAAAAUCGAUAGAUUCAUUGUUGACAUAAAUAUGACACUGAAGACAGUGUCCGAGAAACUGGAGAGAUCCGCGAGAGGGCUAGCGGAAGACGCGGAACUCGUCGAUGCUCCGGGUACUGUUCGAGCCAUAUUGGGGGUGGCAAGAGUCGGAACGAUCUCCAAGAACACGUACAUCAAGGGAGAACAGAUGGGAGAGGCUGUUCUUUCGUGCACUAACGUUCCGACGUGCGCUCUCGUACAACAAGUGAAGGAGUUCUUCCAAGCUACUUCGGUACGUCUCCCCUUCAGCUUCCCUCUCAAUUUCCAAGCUUUUCAGACUGAAAUGUCAAUUUGCGACGACGUGUCUCCAGUCUGUCUCAUCGUCUCCGCUUCCUACUUUCCAGAAAUGAAGUGUCGUCUCAUGUUCACCUCGACUGCCAUUAGAAAUGUUGGAGAAGGUAUGUAAUUCUUAAGCUGAGAUGGAAAACCUAUCGAGAAUUCAGAUACCGACUGUCCGGACAAAGAUACGUGUGUUAAAGCGCUCGCGUACAUUCGGCACGCCAAGUGGUAUCAGGUGAGUUUUCUUGGAUAGGAGAAAAAAAGUGUGAAUGCGUAUCGUUAAGAGUCACUGCACAUACCUGAACUCUUGCCAGAGCGUCGUCCGUCUCUUCCGUGACGCUCGUUUCCGUUACGAAGUCUGGUCUAUUCUCGAUGAUUACGUUAGUUCCCAUUUCAAGAACCGAAUAAAUAAGUUGUUCUCAGAAACUCGAGUUGCUCGUGGCCAAUAUAAUCGAUUCUUCGUCCACAUCGCUCACUAUUGGUGAAGCCUUCAAAAGGGUUCUUGAGGCUAUUUCUGCUGGUGUCCUCUACUGGGGUCAGUUUCUGAAAAGAUGCUCAUUUGAAAACAACGAUUUAAGCAAUCCUUCCGGAUCCGUGCGAGACAACGAAACCCAAUGUGCUGGAUGCAUUGACAGAAGAGCAGAAGCACACUCUCACCUGCUGCGCCCAGAACAUGCUCCGGCUUGUUGCUUUCAAUCAAAUACAUACAGUCAGUGCCUUUGAAAAAUCAGCCAGUUCACGAAUAACUCUUUCCAGGUUCUUGGCAUCGAACGACUUCCGGAGUUUUCUUCUGACGUCCCAUCGCUGAAGAGGCCAAUCGAUUCGAACGGAAGCAUUGGCGAAGAACACGCCGAAGAAGAGUCGUAUCCGAAGAAAGCAUGUGUGGAGGAGGAGCAGAACGGACAGUCUGAAAAGACCGAAUCCGAGACCAAGCAGGAGGAAGGGAGAUGCGAACCUAUGGAAACUAAUGUCUUCUGA